GCUGUAGCAAACAGGAACAACAUGGAGACGGGGGAGAGGAGAAGGAGCGAAGGCUCUGCUAAAACUACUAAAAAUGGGCGGACAGGCGUCAGAACGGCUGCUUCUGAAGAAGAAGCAAGAAGGAGAGAGUUGGUGAAGGACAAGUUAAGGCAGCAGUAUGAUCUGGAGAAGAGAGCCCUGAAGAUAGUGGAGCGUCUCCUGGAGGACAACGUGACGGAAGACUUCCUGGUUGACUGUGCAAAGUUCAUAACUCCUACUAAUUACAAAGAUGUCGUAGAGGAGAGGUUCAUCGCUAAAAUGUGUGCUUAUCCAAUAUGUUCGAUUAAACUGGGCAAGAUCCCAACUCAAAGGUAUCAAAUAUCGACAAAGACCAAUAAGGUGUAUGACAUCACAGAGCGCAAGUGUUAUUGCAGUAACUUCUGCUACAAAGCCUCCAAAGAGUUUGAUCUCCAGAUAUCCACUUCACCUCUGUGGCUCAGGCCGCAUGAGACUCCUCCAGAAAUUAAAUUGAUGAAGAAAGGAGAUGGCGGGAGUUCUGGUGAGGAGGUGAGGCUGAAGGUACAGCGUCUGACAGAGGAAGACAUUGAAAAUGCUGCUCCCGCCGAGGAGCCCCUCAGCUCUGAGCAGGGUCCUGCAGACGGCCUCCCCCACAGUGAGAGCAGCGACACCGAACAGGAGCAGGACUUUGUCUCCAGCGUGGUGUCCCAGAGGCAGGGACCCAGGGUGCACUGGGGCGACCUGCCUAAACGCACAGAUGAAGAGCACAAAGAAGAGAAGGAGAGGAGAAAGAAACGGGAGGGGAAAAUAAAACGGGAAUCACGAACAGAAGUUGAAACUGAUGGUAAAAAACAGCCGUCAUCUUUACGCACAGACACACCUCAUGUCGAGCAGGCACCAGAGGAAGUAGCCAGUGUGGAAGAGGCUAUAGCUAAGCUGAAUUUAUACAACUUAUCUGAGACUCACGCUGCUCCUCCAUCUGUUCACUCAACAACAAAAGCACAACACGCAAAUCUUUUUGCUUCUCUACCUUGUGAAGACUCAAACAGCUCAACAGAAGGCAAACACCUCCCCUUUUCCACCCUGAUCAACAGUAAUCAGGAUGAUACAGCAUCGAACAUCCAGCCAGGCCUCAACAUCACCCAGGUGGGGAUGAGCAAGAGAGGUGCUGCCGGGCUUCGAGACCUCUUUAAAAACCACGCUGUUGCUGCUGCCCAACCCGACUCCAUCAGGCUCAACCAGCUGGAGAGCCUGAGGAGAACGCUGAAGGAGUGGGGCACCGAGGAGACGUUGAAGUUCCUGUACGGCGCUGACCACUCACACAGCGCAGCUUUCCAUGGUGUAAAAGAAGUAGAAGAGGAUAAAGAGGAGGAGCUGGACGAAGACGACCUUGAGGAUGAGGAUGAUGAUGGGGGGCAGGAGAGACCGUCUGCUGCAGCUCCAGACUACCAGGCGCUGAGGCAGGAGACCCAGCAGGCGGAGAUCAGAGUCAGGGAGUUCUAUAAAGGCAGCCGGACUCUACCUGAGAAGAAGGAGCAGCAAGGAAACGAGCAGGGGGUGGACGAGGACGAGGACAAAAGGUAUCCCACUCUGCCGCUCGUCGACUCUCAGGCUCAGCACCUCAUCCAGAAACGGAUCGCAGUGGAGAAGCUCAGCAGCUGCCUCAGAAACAUCGUUGGUUCUCUGCAGCUCACCAUGAGUGACGUCUCCAGCGCCCUGAACAACCUGGUCAAGACCUUCAGGUUCACCAACAAAAACAUCAUCCACAAAACUCCAGAGUGGACCCUCAUAGCCGUCAUACUUCUCCAUCUGUUGUCGGGGGUGUCUCGGGUGGUGCAGGAGGCCCUGCUGACGGACGCAUCAGAGGUGUACCUGAACACACUGAUGGAGGAGCUCGGUCUGCAGAGGCAGGACCUGCUGGACCUAGUGCAGCUGUUUAAAGCCCCCGCACACUGACACACACACACACAACCAGACAUGGACGUAUUAAUAACAAAUACAGACUCAGGAUCACCGACUGAAUUAUAUCAUUGUGGGUACCCUGCAUUUACUAUCAUGUUUGUUUCCAUAAAAUAAAACCUGGUGAUAAUUACUUUUGUUACAAAAGCAUAUUAUUUUACCAUAUCUACUUACUUCUGAUCUAGGCUACAGCCACCAGCAGCGUUACAAGUAUAUUUACUUGAGUACUGUACUUAAGUACAGAUGUGAGGUUCAUUCUUGUCAUGCCAUUUUAUUCUUCCACUCCACUAUAAUUCAGAGGGAAAUAUUCUGCUUUACCGCAGUACAAUCAUCGGACAGUUCAAGUUACUUUAUAAAUGAAGGUUUCUGCUCACCAAACAAACGGAGCUCAAGGAAUGUGAUUAUUUUUAUAAAUCUAAUUACUAACAAAGCACUUUUAUACUAAUAAAGGACUGGCUUAUCUAAAGCCAGUGGAGUAGCACUU